AGAAAAUGAAGGUAUUAAUUUUACUUGCCGCUUUGGCCGUAGCUACGAAUGCUCUGUCAAUCAACGAACAAUGGGCUCGAUUUAAGGUUGACCAUUUAAAGAAGUACGACCAUCUUAAAGAAGAGCAAAUUCGUUUCCAGAUUUUCUCUCAAAAUCUGAACAAAAUUGAAGAACACAAUGCAAGAUACAAAAAUGGUGAAGUGUCCUACUACUUGGCUGUUAACCAUUUCGCAGACAUGACUCCACAGGAAUUUAAGGCUAUGAUUGACUCUCAAAUCGCUCACAUGCCUAAACCAAACAUUACAUCCCGCUUUGUAGUUGAUUCUCAAUUGACUGUUCCAGAAUCAAUGGAUUGGAGAAGCAAAGGUGCAGUUGCUCCUAUUAGGGAUCAAGGAAGUUGCGGAUCAUGCUGGGCAUUUAGUGCUGCCGGUGCACUUGAAGGACAAAGAUUUUUAACGGAAAACAAACUAGAAGUACUUAGUACUCAACAGUUAGUAGAUUGUUCCGGCGGUUACUAUAACUUGGGUUGUAGUGGUGGUUAUCCUCAUUGGGCAUAUAACUACGUUAAAGAUAAUGGUCUCUGUCUAGAUUCUGAUUACGAGUAUGUAGGAAAAGAUGGUCAAUGCAAAAAAUGUAAUCCUGUCGUUAAACGUAUCCUCUUAUAUGAGUCUAUAGAUCAAACUGAAGAAGCACUUAAAGAGGCUGUAGGUACUGUUGGUCCAAUAUCAGUAUGUGUCAACGCUAACUUCGACUGGCAAUUGUAUGGAGGUGGUGUCCUUGACAGCGAAUAUUGUUUAGGUGACGUUUUAAACCAUGCAGUUUUAACAGUUGGAUAUGGUUCAGACAAUGGUAAAGAUUUUUGGCUAAUCAAGAACUCGUGGGCUGCUGAUUGGGGAGAAGCAGGUUAUCUGAGAUUAGUACGUGGUAAAGAACAGUGUGGUAUUAAUCAAUUGGCCAAUUAUCCCGUCCUAAAAUAUUAAAAAUUGUAGUGCCUUACAUUUUAUAUAAAUAAACGUAAAAAAAGUAUUGUUUCUU